AAGCCCUGGCUCUGUUGUCGGAGAGAAGAUUAAAUCAUGUGGAUGACAUCAUCGCCACACUGACAAAAUGGCCUUUAUGUGCACAGUUUGACAGCGAGGCCAAUCCAGAAUGCAGCGUCUUCUUCCACGUGGUCUAUUGUGUUUCCUACAAUGCCCUGUCAGAUCUCACUGCUACUCCAUGACCAUACUGCCGUCCUGCAGCCCUGAAAGCCAUCUCUGUGUGUGUGUGUGUGUGUGUGUGUGUUUGUUUGUGUGUGAUCACUGUUCACGGACCAUGAGAGAGAGGCGGUGACAUAUAUAUCAUGGAUGGUCCUGAAGAAAACAAGACGGGUUUAACUCUGAAUUUAAAAUAAUAAAUAAUUCAAAGUGGAUUUAAUCUUUUUUACUUAACCUAUAAAUGCAGGAAUUUAGAUAAAACACCUCACUGUAUAGAUAAAAUCCCAAUGUAUGGAAAUUUCUUGGAUUCUAAUGAAGAGGAAAUGGACUAGAACGAAUGACCAGUCUGAAGAAGGAAUGUCAGAAGGACAGAGGACUUCACGCUUUCCGGUUUCUUGGUAACAUGACAAGCUGCAUGUUUUUUUUUAUACUUCCUUAACUUUUUCUUUUAUUAACUUCAAGAGAGAGAAAAAAGAGGCUGGUGAAGGAAUAUUUAUAGCUGCUAGAACGUAAGUGAGAACAGGAACCAACUUGUUUCAUGGAUGUUCCACAACAUUAAAUGUAACAUAUAAAUGUUGUUCUUUAAUAAAUAAAAUUAUUUAAUUGUUGGUACAUUGCUGUGAUAUAAGAGGAAUAAAACACUUCCGGGUGUGCUGUUAUAUGUAAUGUUAACCCUGCUUCAUUAAACUUCUCAAUCACUCAGUAUUUUACUGUAACAUAUUACAAAUUAUUAUAAAUGAUGAAGAUGAGAAAUGAGGUCCUGAAGUGACUUUUUGUUUAAGUCCACAUGUAACUCUACUCUAAUGUCUGCUCCUAAUCCCACAGUUUGAGGUGUGUGAACCAGUUAUAAGAUGCCUGGGCUCAUGUUCCUGCAGCAGGAUGUUGAGGAUCCGGUGGAACUGUGGUGGUUCGGUGAGCCAUGCAUCUCUCUGCUAUGCUACUCCUUCUCUGUUGCCCUGGUGCUCGGCCUUGGGACAGGCGGUGUGGUGCUCCUGUCUUCAGCAAGCUCUGCGGCGGCGUCCUCGGCUGUGUGGCGCCUGACCGUGGGCUCUGUCCUCUGCAUCCUGGCCCUCGUACUUGUGCUCAAGCAGUUGCUUAGCUCAGCUGUGCAGGACAUGGGCUGUGUGCGCAGUCGGAGACGCAUCGUGCAGCUCCGCAGCGGUGGAAGCGUCGAUCCGUCACUGCUGCUAGCCAUUGGCCUGGCGCUGAUGCUCGGUGGCGCCACAGUGCUGCUGUGCUUGGCCUCGUCAAACAUGCUGCUCACAGGGACACUUCUCUUGUCUUGUGGUGGCGCUGUGGUGCUGAGCGUGGUGACGUAUGGAGCAAUGAAGUAUGUGUGGGAAAGAAGAGAGAGGAGAAGGAGGAGGAUACGGAGAAGGGUGAGGGUGUACACAGUGACAGGACAGAGGAGUCACAUGUGGAGAGACUCUGCGUCGAGUCAAGCUGGUCUGAUAUGAAAAAGAAUGGAAAUAAAAAGCUGAGGAUUUCAGUUUUAGCAAGUCAAAACUGAGUCAAAUUUGUUAUUUAGAACAGAAGAAGAACCUCUGAUAAGUAGCAAAUCCUCUUCAGUCCAGUCACGUAGGCUUACUGCUAGAGGAGAAGAAGAGUUUGCAAAAUCAAGUGUAACUGUCAAAGAGUGUUGGAUGGUGUUUGAUUUACACAAUCACUCAUUUCACAUACACCAUGAUCAUACUGUACCAUCAGACUGGAGGAUCAAAUGACACAUUUCUCACAUUUUAUACACACUGUCAUAUUUAAAUUCGUUUGUUGGUUUGAUAAAUGUGUUGCAGGUGCACAACAGACAAGUAAUUUAUUUUUUAUUGUAAAAACAUUGCAAGAUCAUUGCAGUCCUAUUGACAUCCCCUUCCUUGUCUACACCUGGUCUGUGCCAGUUCAACUGCGUCAUGUUUCAAACACAAAUACAAACUCUGUGGGGAAAAAUACCCCAAGCAAGAAUACUGUGUGCAAAUUAGUUUAUUUAAUUUAGCAAUCAAAAAGUUAACAAACAAGUAAAGACUGAAGCAACACAGAAUAUAAGUUAAUACAGAAUACCUUUAACUUUUCAAAUAAUGAAGUCUUUUAUUAGCAUUAGCAUGAAACAUCUACACAGAUGGCUAACUAGCUAACUUUAUCUAGGUAACAUUCUCUAACAUCAGCUAUGUGAAACUAGAGGAUCUAAAUAUCUAAUUAAAAUUCAGACAAUUCAGUAUAUUUCGCUUGCUAAGAAAUCACAGUACAACACACUGACAGUAACAGUAACCCCAUAACUGCAUUGUGUGCAUGUGUAAAAUUGUCUGUUUACCAGUUUGGCUGUUUUAUCAGUUAUUAUUUGGAAAUUUAUUACAGGAAAAUGUAAUAGAAUAACCACUGCAUGUCAAAAUAUUUGUUUUAAAGAGAAUUUUAUUUAAAAAUGAUUUUAUGCCCGUUACACACCUCUUAUUCACUGAAUCUUUUGCAAAGGAAGUUAGCAAUUUAUCAAGCAGAAGUCUUAUUUUUAUAGCAGAAAAACUAAGUUAUGGUUAUAAUGCUAGAUGGAAUAAAAUCUUAGUUAAAUAAAAUUUUAUUCUAUAUUAUAAAAGACAUUUCUUGUUUUUGGAGUCACACUAAUGGAAACAAAAUUAAAAAUAGACCAGUUUUCCUGGAUUUCAGUAUUUUCCAAUAUGAAAUUGUAUAUCAGCUGAAUAGAAUAAAUUUUUUCCCUUUUUUUGUUUUAAAGAAUAUUUCUAUUCAGCUUUUGAAUAAAAAUAAACUAUGAUUAAAAAAUUCAGACAAUAAACUUGAAAUGAUGAGUAAAAAAAGCAGAAAAAUAAACUAAAUUAACCUUUAGCCUAAGGAGAAAAAAAAUUCCAAUAACCCACACUUGAAAUGUGCAAAUCAAAACAAAACGAUUUUCUUCUUCUUCUUCUUCUUCUUCUUAUUCAUUUUUUUAACGCCUCCACCCUGUGAGUUUGCAUGUUCUCUCCAUGCAUCAGGGGUUUCCUCCUGGUACUCUGGUUUCCUCCCCCAGUCCAAAGACAUGCACUGUAGGCUGAGUGGCAUCUCUAAAUUGUCCGUAGUGAGUGAAUACGUGUGUGAAUAUGUGUGCGAUUGUGCCCUGCGGUGGGUUGGCACCCCAUCUAGGGUGCCCCCCGCCUUGUGCCCCAAGUCCCCUGAGAUAGGCUCCAGGCUCCCCGUGACCCUGUGUAGGAUAACCUGUAGAGAAAAUGGAUGGAUGGAUAAAUGUUUUGUUUAAGGUGUCCAGCUAGCUCAGUUGGUAUAGCAUGGGACUAUUGAUCUCAGGCUCGUGGGUUUGAGCCCUGAUAAAUGGGGAGGGCUGCGCCAGGAAGGGCUGCGCCAGGAAGGGCUGCGCCAGGAAGGGCUGCGCCAGGAAGGGCAUCUGGGGUAAAACCUGUGCUAAAUCAAUAUCUGGACAAUGGAAGGUGAUCUGCUGUGGCGACCCCUAAUGGGAGCAGCCGAAACAACAUCAACAUUAUAUUUUGUUUAUUUGAAUUUCUUUUAAUAAAACAGUAAGUAACAAAUACAAACCCCAUUUCCAGAAAAGUUGGGCUGUUUUCUAAAAUGCAAUAAAAAUAAUAAUCUGCAAUUUAUAAAUUCAUUUGAACCUUUAUUUAACUGACAAAAGUACAAAGAAAUUACUUUUAAUGUUUUGGCUGACCAACUUGAUUGUAUUUUGCAAAUAUAAACAAAUUUUGAAUUUGAUGCUAGCAGCACACUCAAACAAAGUUGGGACAGGGCAAAAUAAAAGUGAAAGGUUUAUGAAAUAUUCAAGUUACACUGUUUUGAAACAUUACACAAUAAGCAGGUGAAUUGGUAACAGGUGAGAGUAUCAUGAUUGGAUAUAAAAGGAGCAUCCACCAAAGGCUCAGUCUUUGAAAGCAAAGAUGUGUUGUGGCUCACCACUUUGUGCCAAACUUUGUGAGAGAACAUUGUCACUUAACACAGUCCGCCGCCACAUCAAGAAAUGCAACCUGAAACUCUUUUAUGCAAGGAGAAAGCCAUAUAUCAAUUCUAUGUAGAAACGCCUCCAAGUUCUCUGGGACGGAGCUCAUCUCAGAUGGACCGAAAGACAGUGGAAAUGUGUGCUGUGGUCAGAGGAGUCCACGUUUCAGCUUGUUUUCGGCAAAAAAUGUUUUUCAAGUUGAAAUGGAUGAGUUGAAAGACGAAAUGGACCAUCCAGACUGUUUUCAGUGAAAGGUGCAAAAGCCAACAUCUGUCAUGGUAUGGAGGUGCAUCAGUGUCCAUGGCACGGGAAGACCAUGGUUAUUUCAGCAAGACAGUGCCAGGCCUCAUUCUGCAUGCGCUACAACAGCGUGGCUUCAUAGGCACAGAGUGUGUGUGCAUGACUGGCCUGCCAGCAGUCCAGAUCUGUCUCCUAUUGAAAAUGUAUGGCGCAACGUAUGAAGAGGAGAAUCAGACAAUAGUGACCACGGACUGUUGGAGCAGCUGUCUUGUAUCAAGCAAGAAUGGGCAAAAAUUCCACUUGCAUAACCUGCAACAAUAUUAUAGUACACAAUUAUAUAGUAUCCUAAGUUUCCAAAUGAUUAAAAAGUUUUUUGCCCUGUGGGGUUCCCCAGGGUUCUAUUUUGGCUCCUUUGCUCUUUUCUCACUAUAUGCUCCCUCUUGGCUCGAUUUUUAGAAAACAUGGUUUGUCAUUUCACUGUUAUGCGGAUGACACCCAGGUUUAUUUGCCUGUCAAACGCAAUUCUGCGGGUCUUGAGUUUCUUAUGGCAAGUUUGGCGGAAGUGAAGGCUUGGCUUUCAUUAAAUUUUUUAGUUUUCAAUGAAAAGAAAACUGAAAUUAUUGUUUUUAGUGCCUCUCAGUUUCAAAUUCCACGAAAUUGGAUUUGGGUGGGAUGUCUUUGUGCUUGAAACCAUGGGUAAAAAAACCUGGGUUUUAUUUUUGAUGAUGGUUGUUUUGAUGAUUGCUUGCUUUUUUCAGCUGCAUUUGCUUUCUAAAGCAAAGCCUUUUCUCUCUUUUAAAGAUUUUGAAAAAGUAAUUCACAUUUUUAUUUCAUCUAGGCUGGACUACUGCAACUCACUUUAUUUUGGGAUUAGCCAGACAGCUUUAUCCCAUUUGUAGCUUGUUCAAAAUGCUGCGGCCCGGCUCCUGAGUGGGGUUAAAAAAAGGGAGCAUAUUACUCCUAUUCUACACUCACUACACUGGCUGCCUGUUUGUUUUAGAGUGGAUUUUAAAAUUUUGCUCCUCGUUUACAAAUCUCUAAAUGGUUUGGCCCCUACUUAUCUCUGUGAGUUAUUGACAGAGUAUCAAACCACUAGAUCCCUUCGAUCUUCCAACCAGGAUCUAUUGUUUACCCCUAAGUCGAGGCUUAAGUGUAGGGGAGAUCGUGCUUUCUGUAUUGCGGCCCCCAGGCUUUGGAACGCCUUACCACUACCUAUUAGACAAGCUUCUUCUCUUAAUAUUUUUAAGUCCAGGCUUAAGACAUUUUUAUUUUCUAAAGUGUAUGGCUGAUGGGAUAUUUGUAUGUUUUUAUAACCUUUCUGUUUGUUGUUGUGUGUUUUUCUGUUUUUGAUGACUUGCUGGAAAGCACAUUGGUCAACGGAAGUUGUAAUUAAUUGUGCUAUAUAAAUAAAUUGUCACUGUCAUUGACCAAUCACAAUCCAGAAUUCAACAGCAGCUUAUUCUAAACUCAUGUAAUGGUCUGUACUAAGCUGAUAAAGGUCAGUUGUGCUAGUUUGUUGUCUUCUUUAUGGAUUACUCAAAUGUUUUAUGACAUUGCUAUGUUCAGCACCAUGAUGUUAACAUACUAGCAUUCCCACAGGGCAUGACUUUAUAUAUAUAAUAAUUCUAUAUACUUAUAUUAUAAAUCAAAAAGAAGAUUAUUCAGUAUGUUUGUAGAAGUCCUAAAAGUUUCGUAUUAUAUUAGCAGAAAAUUUUGCUUCUAGAAAUAAAUGUUAAAAUGAGAAAAAUUA